UUGAGCCGACGCCUGCCGCCCCGGCCUGUCGGGUAAGCCCGGGGAGGAGCUGCGGUUGCAAUUGACCAACCUCCGUGAAAACUCCCGGCGGCGCCUGCGGAGAGCCCAAGACGCACGGGCAGCCUGCGCGCCCCGGCCGGCUGGAGUCUGCCUGCGUUGGGUGCAGGGAGAGGUGGCGUUGGCAGGGGGGCGCGCCGGUGCCAGGUCUGCAACGAAAACAGCCCGGGGUUUUGCAGGCACCCCCGGGGUCCGGAAGGUCCGAGAGGCUGAAUGGGGGGGUUGAAUCCCUCGCCUGCUUUUUCGCCUCUCCUCCCAUUGCAACCUCUUCCUGGCAUCGCUUGGAGAUGCCCGGGCAACAGUUGAAUGUGAAUACUCCCUGGUGGGGAAGGUGCAGCAAACCACCCCCUUGUUUUUAACAAGUUAUUUUAUGCAUUGAAACAAAUCAUGUAACCUUUUUUUUUUUUUUUUUGCGAUGAGGUCUUGGCUGUUUUGAAAGAAGUCCAGAGAUGGCCAAAGUCCAAGAGCCUGGUUUGACCUUGAGCGACAUGGUGGGCAAUAGGAAGUUGAUCGCUUUUGGGGCUGUCCUGGGCUGGCUUCUGGUGGUCCACUGGCUGGUGAACGUUUGGCUGCUCUGCCUCCUCUCCAGCCUGCUGGCGGUGCUGGGCGGAUGGUUCGGUUCCCAGGCCGUGAUCGGAACCCGCAACCGGGUGCACCUGGAGCGGUUUCUUCUCCUGGAACGCUGCCUCCCGAACCCGGAGGUGGAGAAGCAGCUGGACGAAGAGAUCGAUAACAUGAUCCAGAAGAUCAUCCGGGAUUUUGUGUCCUCUUGGUACCAGGCUGUGAGCCGGGAGCAAAACUUCGAGCGGGAGGUUCGGGCGGCCAUGAAGGGCCUCGCCGAGGAGCUGAAGAGGAGGCUGGCUUUGGUGGACAAGCAAGCGCUGACCCAGAAGGUGCUCCUCCUGGGUGGUUGCCACUUGCAGGCUUACAAGAAAGCCCGAGAAAAACUGGCAACCGUGGGAGACUUUGAAGACUCCACUCAAAGAGCCAGCCAGCUUUGGCAAGAAUACUGUGAAUUGUCAGCCCCACACACUGCUGUUCAGAGCCCCGCAAAUGAGGUGGACUACUCUCGGCGCAUUGUGGACGUGCUACUGCGCGUCUUGGUGCCUGAACCCCACCUGCAGACCAGAACUGGACGCUUUGUGGUGGUGGAGCUUGUGACUUGCAAUGUGCUCUUGCCCAUGAUCAACAAAAUGGCGGACCCCGACUGGCUCAACAUGCUUGUGAUUGGGAUCUUCUCCAAGGCUGGUGGGAAAAUGGCCGAAGGGAAAGAGGAGGCGGUUGGGUUGCCUCCUGCACCGGCUCUUUCCCCAUCCCAGCCCCUGGUGCCCAGUUCAUUGCCGCUGCCCUUCCCGUCGGAAUCCAUCCCAGAGGUCCGGCUGUUGUCUCCCCGAGGCUCCGAAGUCUAUGACACAAUGGAUGCUUUGGAGUACCAUCAGCUGGAAGAGAAAGAACCCAUCAGCAGAGAACUGAGUGCUGACAUGGACGGAAGGAGAGGCAGCAGCGCGUCCGCAUCCUGCCUUCAGCCGGAUGCUCUGGGGUCCUUCUUCCCUUGUGAGGACAUGGAAAUGGAGUCCCCCCUGUCAGACGUAGGAAGAGAUUCUGGCCCUGUGGUGCUCAUGACCACAGAGGAAUUCCUUGCAGAUUCCCUCAGCCCUCUGGAAGGACCUGACCACCUGGAUCAAGAAGAUGGCUUGGGAGUCAAAAGCAGGUUUUUAAACAACGGCUCCAGCUGCAGCUUGGAAGCCAACAUCCGGAGCCCCUCCCUGAGCCCCUGCCCAGACAUCCAAAUUGAACCCGCUGAGGAGAAUGAGGAGGCCUUGGCUUCCCUGACGGCUCUUCUGGGGGAUUCUCAGAAGUCUUUCUUGAGGCGACCGUCCUGCUUGGAGAAAGACUUGGUGUCGCCCGAAGGCCUGGCCCCUAGCCCUCAAGACCUGCCGAGUUUGCUGUCUUCUUCUCCCUCCGCUCCCAUGGGCACUUUCAGCUUUGAGCCACUGAGUAGCCCAGACGGUCCGGUUGUCAUCCAGAACCUGCGAAUAACUGGCACCAUCACUGCCCGGGAACACACUGGGACAGGGUUUCACCCUUACACCUUGUAUACGGUCAAGUAUGAAACCACUUUGGAUAGCGAGAACACCAGCAGUCUCCAACAGGUGGCGUACCACACAGUAAACCGGCGAUACCGAGAAUUCUUGAACCUGCAGACCCGACUGGAGGAGAAGCCGGAUCUCCGGAAGUUCAUUAAAAAUGUAAAAGGUCCAAAGAAGCUCUUUCCUGAUCUUCCCUUCGGAAACAUGGACACAGAGAAAGUGGAAGCCCGAAAAAGCCUCCUGGAAUCAUUCCUAAAGCAACUGUGUGCUAUUCCUGAGAUUACCAACAGUGAAGAGAUGCAGGAAUUCCUUGCUCUGAACACUGAUGCCAGUAUUGCUUUUGUCAAGAAACCCUUUGUGGUCUCCAGGAUCGAUAAGAUUGUGAUGAAUGCAAUUGUUGACACCUUAAAAACAGCCUUUCCCAGGUCCGAGCCUCAGAGCCCCACGGAAGAGCUGAGCGAGACAGAAGUGGAUGGGAAAUCCCAGAAAGCAAAUAAGCCUAGGCUGAGGUUCUCAUCUGGUAAAAUUGCCCCAGUGUUGAAUGUGGCUGGAACGCAAGGGAAGAUCUCCUACUCCCUGAGGGAAAGCACUAGUGAGGCUGAGGGUUUGUCCCUAGCAAGAAUGGAGUCCUUCAUCCAGAAACAGAAGAACCUUCUGGAAGCGAUGCUCAAGGAAGGCCUGGAGAGCGAGGGAAGCGGAGAAGACCUUGACAGCUCAGCAGAUCAGGACAUGAAAUCCACAGAAGUGCUUCGCUGGCCCUCCGAAGGCAACGACCUUCCUGAAUCAGAGACGCCGCUGGCAGACACAGCGCUGGACCUCCUUCGCUUGGUCAUGAUGGAUCACUGGAGCUGGUUGUGCACCGAGAACAUGCAGAAGGUCCUGCACGUGCUUUUUGGGACCUUGAUCCAAAGGUGGCUAGAGGUGCAAGUCGAUUAUCUGACUUGCACUCAUCGCUGGGUUCAGUACCUCCAGUUGCUUCAGGAGUCGAUAUGGCCUGGUGGAGUCCUGCCGGGGGCGCCCAAGCCGCUCAGGACGGAAGAGCAGAAGGCAGAGGCGAAAGAGCAGACCUUGAAGAUUCUCAUGGGGAUCUUGCCUGAAAUAAUUCUAGAAAUCCUUGGAACUGGUAAAUGUCAAGAAAGCUGGAGCCUGGUGUUAGAGUCCAUGCAACAUCCCAUCAUAAACAGGCACAUGGUCUACUGUCUCUCGGACAUCCUGCUGGAGUUUUUGAUCCCUGAGCUCCAAGCUGAUAACCCCCAACCCAUGCCAGUAGCUUCUUCGGCCUGUGGAGCAGUUGAGAGAGCUAGCUUUUCAUCACACUAACUUGGACUAGUACCGUCAACAGCCAAGGAGAUGAGAAUCCAAAAGCAUUGAUUCUUUGAUGUUACAUAUCCACUGUGUUGAGCCAAGGGCUGUUGGAGAAAGCCCCAUGAGACGGAACUACUUCCAGCAGUUGCUGGAUCCUCCUGUGGUCCAAAGGUUUUGUCUUGUACUGUAAAAGAGUCUCCAUUCCAUAACUCAGGUGUAGUUCUCUGUAGGAAAAUCCCUCCUCUUUGAAGAAUAGGACAAGAUCUCAUUGACAUUCCUGGAUAGGUGUAAUAUGACAUCUUGCAUAUCUUUUCCAGCUGUGGUUUGCUUUGAUUCAGCGCACAUGUAGAUGGGCAUUCCUUGUCAUGAUCUCUGUUGACAUAUAUUCAUAAUUAAAAGGCAACCUUCCCCGUUCAGUAAAUAAACUUGUUUUCCCUCA